AUGUCAUACAAGUUCAGUGGAAACAUCAGAGAGAAAAAAACACAGAGGUGUGAAACUGGAAGUGUGUUUGGUGAUGAAGUGAAGUCAGUGUCAGUGAUGGAGGGAGAUUCUCUUACUCUACACACUGAUAUUACUGAAAUACAGAGAGAUGAUGUGAUCGAGUGGAGUUUUGGACAUCAAGAGAUAUGUAUAUCGGAGGUCAAUAAAGAGGCCAAUAAGAUCUCAGUAUAUGAUGAUGUUCUUGAUGGGAGAUUCAGAGACAGACUGCAGGUGAAUGAUCAGACUGGAGAUCUCAUCAUCACAAACAUCACAACUCAACACACUGGACUUUAUAUAAUAACCAUUAUGAACAGCAGAGUGACCUCACACAGAUUCAGUGUUACUGUCUAUGCUCGUCUGCCCAUUCCUGUCAUCUAUAGCUACUGUCCACAAAACUCUUUAUUAAACACAAAAUGUGUUUUGUUGUGUUCAGUGUUGAAUGUGAGAGAUGUGAGUCUGUCCUGGUACAAAGGAAACAGUUUAUUGUCCAUCAUCAGUGUGUCUGAUCUCAACAUCAGACUCUCUCUACCUCUGGAGGUUGAAUAUCAGGAUACAAACACAUACAGCUGUGUACUCAACAAUACCAUCACAAACCAAACUCAACAUCUCAACAUCAAUCAUCUCUGUCAGACGUGUUCAGGUACAACAGGUCUCAGUACAGAUGAUGUCAUUGUGAUCUUGCGAGUUGUUGCUGCUGUUGCUCCUGGAUUUCUGAUGUCUGUCGCUUCAGCUCUGAUGUUUUGCAUCUACAGCAAACACGCAUCAACAGAUUCAGACCGGUGA